CCAGUGAGUUACCUAUUUUUGACAACCACGUCGCCAUGUCGUCCAUCUACUUCGACAACGAGCUGCCGCUGAAAGACUUUGUCUCCGCGUCCUGUGUCGCCUGGAGCCAAGGCGAGGAGGCGCCACUACUGGCGGUAGCUGAAGGCUUCAACCUCCGCGUCUUCCGGGAGGAUGGCGAGGAGCUGCCGGAGCUUGGGCAGAGCCGAGGGGUGCACUGCAGCGCCCUCGCGUGGCACCCCAAGGCCAAGGUGCUGGCCGCGGGCUGGGACGACGGGGCCGUGACCUUCACCGGGCCUAGCAGCGCCCGUGAUGACCAGGAUGUUCAUCGGGACGGGCGGAUCCUGUGCAUCGUCUUUAACCCUGCGGGCACACGAUGUGUCACCACCGACAACAACGGCAUCAUCGGCGUGUGGAAGACCGACGCCCGGGGCUUGUGCAACCAGAUGUGCCACUACCGAAAGGCCGGCGGCCACGACAAGGUGGUCUUUCGAACGACCACCCCUUCGGGCGAGCCGAACAUGGACAACCCGGCCUUUUUCUUCGGGGGCGAGCAGGGCAUCAUUUACCUCGCAGACGACUUCGGGCUGUGCUCGGAGCGCUACAAGAUUGGAAGCCCGCUGCUCUUGUUGGAGUACUACCGGCAGAAGGAUGUAGUGGUGCUGGUGACCAAGAGCGUGAUCCUGGUGCAGUUUUCCCUGUCUGCAGACGGAAAGGUCGCCAACGAGUCCAAGUUGAAGCUGUCCUGCGGGCCGACCCCCGAGAAGCUGCAGGCCGCCUGGGCGGGCGCCGGGCUGCUGGCCACCUGCUCCCACGAGUCCAUCGUGCGGCUCUGGAACCUGGCAGAUGACGAGAACUACAUCCUCUCCCUGCAGGGGGUGGAUGAGCGGAAUAGCCUGAGCGGUGACAAGGUCACCAGCAUCGACUACAACCCCCGGAAACAGGUCCUCGCCUGCGGCACCCGCGGGGGGAAGAUGGUGCAGUGGCGCUGCUGCACGGUGUCCGGCACGCCCAAGGCGGAAGCCAACUGGCAAGUGAUGCCGGUGGUCCAUGUGGGCGAGUGCACGGUGGAGCGGCUCACCUGGGGCCCCGGCGAGAGUUUGGUCCAUGCCAGGACGGAAAGGUCCAGCACCAUCUUUUGCGAGGCUCAGCUGAAGAGCGCCUCCCAGGCACCGCUCAUGGCUGUGCAGACCUCGCCCUCGGAGAUCAUGGUCUACCACACGGAGAAGGAGACGCAGGUGACGGUGGCGACCAACUUCCGGGUGAAGGGCCUGAGUCUGGGCGGCAGCACCUUGCUGGCGUGGAACAACAAGCAGGUGAUGCUGUACGACAUCGAUGUGACGAUGCAGGCCUCCAUCAUGAGCUCCUUCAGCCGAAGCAGCGAGAUGGCCUGCUGCGCGCUCAUCUGCCAGGGCCAGGAGCGGUCGGUGGCCAUUGCCUGCGGCGCCAAGAUCGAGUUUACAAACAUCCAAGGCGUGGUGCAGAAGACCAUCCAGUUCUCCGAGGAGGUCGAAGGGAUCCCCACGUGUCUGGAUGUGGCCGGGGGCUGGUUGGUGGCCGCCACCUCUUUGAACUUCAUCCGGCUUUGGAACGUGUCCAAGACCGCGCCAAAGCAGGUGGGCGCCGCGCGGAAGUUUGAGGGCUCGGACCAGAAGUCCCUGGGGGAGAUUCGCUCCAUCCAGGUGAACAAGGACGGCACCCGGGCGUCCUUGCUGGUGGACCAACGUCUGGGGGCGGAUGGGCGGGUGGCAAUGGCUGGAGGCACGCUGAAGGUACCGGACAGUCGGAUCUUCGUGUACGACACCGAGUCCGACAACUUCCUGCACUACAAGGUGGGGAAGAGCUGCGUCCCGGUGGCGCACUUCUGGGACUGCACGGAUGCGCGGCUCCUCUGCUGCGAAGUGGUGCCCCAGGCCUUGGCGUACGAGCCAAAGACGGAGCUGAAGGAGUCGAAUGAUGCCCCGCCGCAGCACAGCGCUGUCACUCUCUUCGUGGCCAACAGCGAGCAGAUUCUGCAGCAGGACUCCAUACCCUGCGUGGACCAGAGCGUUUCGCGUAUGCCGGUGGGCUUGACGGUGCCCUACGUCUACUUCUCCCGGCUCGGAGAGAAGGAGACGGAGACCUCUGCCUUGGGGCUCACCCGAAGAGUGCUCCGGGACUUUGCAGGGCUCGAGAACAUGGACGAGGAGACCACCGCGGCGCUGCUGAACUUCUCCUACCACCUGGCCUGCGGCAACACCGACGAGGCCUACAAAAGCGUCAAGGGCGUGCGCUCCACCGGGGUUUGGGAGUCCAUGAGCAAGAUGUGCGUGAAGACGGGGCGCCUGGACGUGGCGCAGAAGUGCCUGGGGCAGAUGGGCCACGCGCGCGCGGCCGGCGCCCUGCGCCAGUGUCUGGAGAAGGAGCCAGAAGCUCGCCUUGCCAUCGUGGCGGUGCAUCUGGACAUGAUCGAUGAUGCGGAGCAGCUGCUGAAGCAGUGUGGCCGCUACGACAUCCUGAACCAGCUCUACCAGGCCUCUGGCGCCUGGGACAAGGCGCUGGAGGUCGCCAAGACGAAGGAUCGCAUCCACCUGAAGCCAACGCACUAUGCCUAUGCGCAGCACCUCGAGGCGCUGGAGGAUGUUCAGGCGGCGCUGAGCCACUACGAGUUCAGCGGCACCUACCGCACUGAGAACCCCCGGCUGCUGUGCUCCAUGGGGCUGACGGAUGAUCUCGGCAACUACGUGGAGCAGAGCGAUGACUCUCAGCUGCACCGCUGGUACGCGCAGUACCUGGAGUCCAAGGCGGAUUUGGACGGAGCCUCCAAGGAGUACAAAAAGGCCGGCGACUGGCUGAGCCUGUGCCGAGUGGCCUGCUUCAACGAGGACUUGGACCGCGCCCAGAAGAUCUGCGAGGAUUCACAGGACCAGGCGGCGUGCUACCACCUGGCCAGGCACCUGGAGGCCAGCGGACACUUCAAAGAGGCGAUGCACUUCUUCCAGAUGGCCGGCCGCGCCUCCCACGCCAUCCGCCUUGCGCAGGAGAACGGCUUCGACGGGGACCUCAUGAGCCUGGCGCUGGCGGCGGACCCGCUGUCCAUGGCGCAAGCGGCCAAGUACUACGAGCAGAAGGGCCAGCCCUCCAAAGCGGUGAUCCUCUACCAGAAGUCGGGGCAGCAGAAGCGUGCGCUGGAGCUCUGCUUCUCUGCGCGCCUGUUCGACGCCCUGCGGAAGAUCAGCGACGAGCUGAGCGCCGAGAGCGACCCGGAGAUCCUCGCCAAGUGCGCCGAAUUCUUCAUGCAGCACGAGCAGCACGACAAGGCGGUGCAUUUGCUGUCCAUCUCCAAGCAGUUCGACCGCGCUGUGCAGCUCUGUUCAGAACAUGACGUGCAUAUCACCGAGGAUAUGGCGGAGCGCAUGACUCCGGAGAAGAACAGUAUGGAGCCGCAGUUGAGGUCCGAGAUUCUGCAGGAGAUUGCGAAGCUCUGCAAGAAGCAGGGCUCCUUCCAGCUGGCGUGCAAGAAGUUCACGCAGGCCGGGGACAAGCUGAAAGCCAUGAAGAGCCUGCUGAACAGCGGGGACACAGAGAAGAUCAUCUUCUUCGCGGGCACGGCCCGGCAGCCGGACAUCUACGUGCUGGCGGGGAACUACCUGCAGAGCUUGGACUGGCACAACGACCCGGAGAUCAUGAAGAACAUCAUCCAGUUCUACAGCAAGGCCAAGGCCUAUGACAAGCUGGGGGCCUUUUAUGAUGCCUGCGCACAGGUGGAGAUCGACGAGUACAGGGACUACGACAAGGCGGCCGGCGCCCUGAAAGAGGCCUUGAAGUACAUGACCAAGGCCGGAGGGGAGGGCGACGAGCGCGUGGUGUCGCUCACGAGCCGCAUCGCCCUGGUGGAGCAGUUCGCCAACGUCAGGCAGCUCGCCAAGAGUGAGCCGGACGAGAUGGUGGCGCUUUGCGAAAGGAUGGUGGCCAUGCCGGACAUCGACACCGCAGUCCGCACGGGUGACAUCUUCGCCAAUCUGGUGGAGCACUUCAGCGAGUGCGGAAACUACGAGUCAGCCUACAGGACGGUGGAGCGGAUGCGCGAGCGCAACAUCGUGCUCAGCCCCUACCUGGACCGCGCCCUGCUGGAGCAGAUCUAUUCCUCGGUGGGCCAGCCCCUGCCGGACGGCGACGGUCCAGUGGCGCCGCCGCGGGACGACGACGUGGCGGAAGAGAUCGGGGAAGACUGAGGAUCCGCUCGCGAGAUCGGCGCUCAAGGAUCAGGGGUACCUGUUCUUCC